AGCGACCUCUCCAAGAGCGGUGAUCUUACGUUGCAACAUCGGAAGAACAUGCAGCUUCUACCUCUGGUAGACGAGCGCAACCGUCGAUCCUCGAGGACGCUCUCAACGCGGCACGGCGAGUCCGUCUCGACCGCGUCGAACGCCAAGUUCAACCCGUGCCAAGAUUUCACGAACACCGUGCACAGGUGCAAGUCGUUUCUCAAAGAACUGCGACGCGACGACGAACGUUACUCAAUACGUCCGUCGAGUCACUCGUCGGAGAGGAGAGUGUCUUCCUUGACAGAUGCGCACGCGAACGGACAGCCAGCUUCGCUCACGGCGGAGAAGCGGAAGACGUCGGACGCUGCUCGCGAGGAAGAACCGAGAAGAAAGGACACGAGCGGUGUGCAAGGGCACGUGAGAGAAGUGGCGAACGACGAAAAUACGGAGGACGUGGAGCAAGUGCACCGACGAAGCGACGCAGACGCAUCCUCCGACGCCGUAGCAGUGGCGAACAACGAUCUCGCGUUCCCGCGGGAACUUCUUCAGGGUCUCCUGACGGACGAGCCGGCAACCCGCAAGGCGCGAGCGUCCCGGGAAACUUUGUACGCGGUUCGAAGGAGGCUUCAAAGCUUACACAACGUGCUGCGGAUGUACGAGAACACGAGUCAGCCCUCGGAGAGGCGGAAGCCGCCGGACCAGACUUCGGUGAUUGGUGCCAUCGACGCGCUCGCCUCCAAGAUCGAGGAGCUCGAGGGGGAGAAAGUCCACGCGAGUCCUGGAAGCGGCUUGAGGCGAGCUUCACCGCGUACACGACGCCCGAUCGCGGCCAGCUGCGACUACUUCAAGUUCGACCGCGCGGAUGAGAGCUCAUCCUCCGUGGCCGAGUGCUCGUCGAACAUGUCUGCCAAGACGUACCAGUACUCCAGCGACGUAACCCUGCGGAAUAUUCGUUUCAAAGAGUACAGUCAGCUUAAUGCACAGCGAGCCGCCUGCGCGAGUGACCUUGCGGCCCUCGCGGGUGGUUGGAAGCGGCUUCCGCCUGUCUACAGUGCGAUUUCACGCGAGUCGAGGAAUCCUGAAGAACAAGGCGAGAGAGAUGUGCGAGAACGGGACAUGAAAUCGAGAUCGCAGGGCGGCGCGAACGCAACGAGGGCGAGCGUUUCCUUCGACCUCGCAGAACAGAACGCCGCGGCGAUGUCGGAAAAGACAGAAUGCGCCUCGUCGUCCGAGGACGUCGAGGUGAAGAAAUGUGGAGCACCUUCGACGAGAGCAACCGCCACCGAGAAGAUUAGCGACACACUCGACAGAGAACGAUACCAAGAGAGCAGUCUGGUGGUAUCUCGAAGCAGUAGUCGAAGCAAGAUUUCUCUGAGAAGCGGUCGGGAGAGCCAGUCGACGGCGUUGCUGCUGCGAGAGGCGCUGCUCUUCAAGCGGGCCCUGCUGACGCGAGUGGAGUCCGAGAAGAGGAGCCUGACACGCGGCACGGAAAAGGACAACGUCGCGAAGGAACCACCGGCGGGGUAUGGGGCGCAAGUCGCGAGCAAGGAUAACCUGCCGGCGAUGCUGGUGAACAUCGAGACGGAGAGACCGGUUGUCGACGCCGUCCAUAGGAAGUUCGAUCGACGUUACGUCCGCUUGGAGAUGAAGCAACGAAAAGACCUGCGAGACGCGAGCGUUCUGGCGCGUCGCGACGACGAGGGCGACGACGAGUUCGCCCGCGAGACACCGUCCGAGUACUUCAGCAUCUGCGACCUGGCGCUCGCCGACGACGAGCAGGUCGAGAGCAGCGCGACGCUGUCGUUGGAGCCGCCGAUCUACGAGAAAGUCAUCUCAAUCGUGAUACCGGUCGAUAUGGAGCGGCAAGAUCCGCUGGAAGAUGGCGACGACGCGGUCGGCAAGCGGCUGCCGGUGAUGCUCGAGCUGGAGGGUCUCAUACUGGACCGCUUGAGGAACAUCAGGAAUUACAUGGAUGUUUUCCUUCACAGCCAAAACAGAGCGAUCUUCAAGGCGCUCAAGGCUCUUCAGGGUCCGAUCGAGGGCGACUCCUCCACCCGAUGCCCGGACGAGGCUCACAAAUUCAAGAACAGCGAAGACGGAGUCCUAAAAGGCCGAAGACGCGUUUCCACGCCAAGCGAGCCGCUUGCGAAUAUAGAAUGCUCUUCAACGACAUUUGUCGACCCGAAUUCCGUUGCUGACCAAUCGAAACGCGACUACUCAGCGUAUAGGGAAGCGAGGGAGAGCGACGGUGUCACCUGCGAUCCCGGGAAGUGGUCAUUGUCUUCUUCGCCGCCGAUGAGAAACGAGACGUUGAAUGCGCUGAACCUGCGCGAGCCUGAAGUGAACGCGGCGAACUCACCGCCCCGCAUGAAGCAGCGCUCGGAAGCGAGACGCUCCCAGCGGGCGAGUUCCCGGGGCAAAGCCAAGAGCGACGUGUCUCUGAUAGCUGGUUCAAGCAAGAAGUUGAACAUCAGCCUACGCCCGAAGAGGUCGCACUCGUCGCUCACGCAGCGUGACACUUUGGAGCGCAUCCGCAGGAUAUUGCGUCAGUCUGACGCCAAGUCACGCGACGGCGAGGACGAGUGCACGAAGAGUGAGAGUGAGUCACAGUCGGCGACGCCGUCCAGGUCCGUCCUGCUGUCGCAAGGACUCUCCGCUAGAUCAUGCAUACCGAUCCUGAGAAAUCGUUUGGAGGCGGCUCGAAUGAGACAACAGACGAGCGCGAGGAGUCCCACGAGGAGCCCGCUGACGAUGCUGUGGAGAGAAAAUGUCUGUGCGAGGAGAUACGCGGCCGACGAGGAAGCUGCGCGAGGAAGGAGCAGCAUGCCGAUAGACGAAGGUUCAGGCACGGAGGAGGUCGCGUUCAGUUUGACUAAAGCGAGCACAGCGAAGAACCGGGAGGAAGUCGUGGAGGAGAACAGCGCGGCUACGCACAGAGACGGUAAUAUAACGGCAACGAAUAGUACACGGAUCUUUUCCGAUGGUCUAAGGUCAGAAGCUCCGGGAACUGAUAAGGGGCGCGCAGAUAAGCAUAAGAGAUUUACGUGCGAUGGCAGAUCGGACAUGAUGAUAACGGAGCGCCUGGGGAAUACAGCUCCUAAGACGUUGACCAUUAUUUCCAUAACGACGAGUGAUGACUCACGGGAGAGCCGUCCGGCGAGUUCGUUCAUCUUGAGAACAAAGAACGCCGGCUCCGCGACGAAUUCGCCGGAGCUUAAAGCAGAACCGCAGGCUGCCGCCGUCGAGAAGAUGGAGAAGGAAGUGACCGCGAAACCUUCCAUCACUGAUACAUGCACAUCGAUGAGCGACCUGCGCUGAGCUGAUUAACCACGACGCGCGCGUCAUCUCCGUCUCGCUUGUCUCGCGGAUAUUUGUCUUUUACUCGCCGGAUUCUUUUGUAAGAGUACAUUUUUUGUCGAAUAAACGGGCUUGCGAUUGCUCAGACUAAGUGUUAU